AUGGCUUCGCCCUCAGCCACAGACUCUCCAGAAGAGGAGAGCACCGAUGUCCCCGAGGUGACGCAAGCAGAGACGAGAGUGGCCGUGUCGCGACUCCGAGCUAAGAACACAGCGCCCAGACCCGACGGAGUUCCUGGUCGAGCUCUCGUCCUGGCUCUGAAGGAGCUAGAGCCCCAGCUGAGAGGGCUCUUCACGGCAUGUCUCGAGCAGGGUCAGUUUCCCAGUGUGUGGAAGGAGGGGAAGCUGGUCCUGCUCAGGAAGGAGGGGCGCCCCGCGGACUCACCGUCCGCGUACCGACCCAUAGUGCUGCUCGACGAGGCGGGCAAACUUUUUGAGCGUAUCAUCGCAGAUCGCCUCGUCAGCCACUUGUACAGAGAGGGGCCGGAACUGGAUGACAACCAGUUUGGUUUUCGUCGCGGGCGCUCCACCAUAGACGCUAUUACGCGCGUGAGGGCCCUGGCGGAGGAGACAGUAUCCCGGGGUGGGGUGGUGCUGGCGGUGUCCUUAGACAUCUCCAACGCUUUCAACACCCUACCCUGGAGCUGCAUUCGGGAGGCGCUGAAUUACCACCGCGUGCCUCCCUACCUCCGCCGCACAAUAGGGGCUUACCUUGAGGAGAGAUGCGUUACCUAUUGGGGACGUGACGGCGCUGGUCGGCGCGUCAUGUCGUGCGGUGCUCCGCAGGGAUCGGUCUUGGGACCGCUCCUGUGGAACAUCGGCUACGACUGGGUGCUGAGAGGUGAACUCCCGUCGGGCGCCGACUUGACGUGUUAUGCGGACGACACGCUCGUCACUGCCCGGGGGAGUUCACACAGGGAAGCAGCGUUGGUUGCCACGGCUGCGGUGUCACAAGAAUAUAAUAAUGUAUUUAAUACUCGCGGUGGCUUGCUAGAUCUCGUGUUGAGUAACUACGAUCGUAACCAACAGGAGGUGUUGCCUGGAUUGGAUUCACUCGUGCCAAUAGUUGAGUACUCGUAUCACCCUUCUUUAGACGUCAAAAUCAAUCUUUCAUACGGGACGUUCUUAUCUAGGCUGCGGUCUUCGCCUGAUGAGAGUUUGGAUGCGAUCCCCGAAAUGGCGUAA